GGCAGAAGGGAGCCUUUAAAACACCUGCCCCACCUGCAGGUGAGCAGUGGUGUGUGAGAGCCAGCUCCGUGUCUCCCUGCCUGCCCACUCAGUGGCAGUUCUCUGGAGCUGUCUGUCCCCUCUGGAGCCUCAGCAGAUCUUUCUUUCAGAAGUCGCUACCAAGAAUCCUGAACAGGAGCCACCAUGCAGUGCUACAGCUUCAUUAAGACCAUGAUGAUCUUGUUCAAUUUUCUCAUCUUUCUGUGUGGUGUGGCCCUGUUGGCAGUGGGGAUCUGGGUGUCAGUCGAUGGGCCAUCCUUCCUGAAGACCUUUGGGCCGCUGUCGUCCAGUGCCAUGCAGUUUGUCAACGUGGGCUACUUCCUCAUCGCAGCUGGUGCUGUGCUCUUUGCUCUUGGUUUCCUGGGCUGCUACGGCGCUCACACUGAGAACAAGUGUGCCCUCUUGAUGUUCUUCUUCAUCCUGCUCCUCAUCUUCAUCGCUGAGGUUGCAGCUGCUGUGGUCGCCUUGGUGUAUACCUCAAUGGCUGAGCACUUCCUGACGUUGCUGGUAGUGGACACCAUCAAGAAGGACUACGGUUCCCAGAAAGACUUUACCCAAGUGUGGAACAGCACCAUGGAAGGGCUCAAGUGCUGUGGCUUCAACAACUACACGGAUUUUGAAGACUCUCCCUACCUCACAAAGAACAAUGUCUUUCCUCCAUACUGUUGCUCUGAUGAUGUCAAUGGCACAGUCACGGAACCCUGCACCAGGAAGAGGGCAGAGGAAAAACCCGUACAGGGUUGCUUCAAACAGCUUCUGAGUAACAUCCGAACCAAUGCAGUCACUGUGGGUGGUGUGGCAGCUGGAAUUGGUGGUUUGGAGGUAAGGGGGUUAGAAGGUUGGAGCAGGAUAUCCCCACUGGAACAGAGCUGCUUGACCCAUCUCUGAGGCCUCUCUAGAGAAGCCAGAAUUCUAACAGAGUUUUAUGUAAGGGGUCUGGAGGGCAGGGGACUAAAUCUUAAGGAUCGUGAUCACGUCCCCUCAUCUUUCCCUAUUACUUCCCUACCAGUUGGCUGCCAUGAUUGUGUCCAUGUAUCUGUACUGCAAUUUGAAAUAAAUCUGCUUCUGCUUCCGCCACUGCUGCUACCACACAGGACUGAGAAGAAGCACCCUGGCACUGCCAAGAGACCAUGGUCAGGGUGGCAACAAGAUCUGACAGCGUCAUUUGGGGCAGAAUGAGGCCACAUAGGAACCACUCCUCAGGCUGGGCUUGACUUUGCCUUCCGUUGAUUGGGUUGGGGCCCUUCUGUUCCAAAUCCAGUUCUAGGGUAGCCAGUUCUCCUGCCCAUGUCUCCAGUCUGUCUCUUAAACCCUUAAUACCCCUUCAUGCCAACAGGAGCUCUUGGUGACCCAGUACUCCACUGGGGAGUAAGGCACCCUAUAUCCUGAGCAUAUGCUAAAUUAGGAGUAACCCAGCGGAUGUGAAGGCACUUCAGAAUUCAUAAACCAAUUAAAAUGUUUCCAUUGGGACUCUUUUCAUGCGUAUCCUUGGGGAGAGGGACCCAUCUUGCCUAAACUGGUCUCAGGUUCCUGUGGGGCUGGAGACUCAGAAGGCCCCUGGAAAA